AAUAAUAUCGUAUAGAUGGUGAAUUCAUAACCCCCAUUUAUUCAGGGGGACCUAUUCUUAUUCUCAGCAAUCAAUUCAUUCAUGCAUCCAGAAUGAACAUCUGGGAUCACAGUUGGAAGCCAUGUAUAUGAUCGAUGAUGAUCUAUCGCCCAGUUGAGCUAUAUAUAUCGUGUCAGCUUCAUCGAUCUUAUUAGAGGACUGAGAGAGCUACAGUAGUCGAGGCCGGAAUUUGAAUUGAAUUAGGGUUUUUGGAGGAUGAGAUUUGAGUUGAAUUUUGAGUGUCUGAGAUGGUACCUGCUGUAUCGACAACACUGAAUCCCAAAGCCGCCGCCGCCUCCGGUCGACCUCAGAACGGAAUCAGGCCUCCGUUACUACCUUCCGACCCUGAGAAUGGCGUCACUCCUCGCCGCCUCAAGUCUCGAGAAGUCACCUCCCGCUACAUGUUGUCUUCUUCUUCUUCUUCCUCUUCGGCUUCCUCUACUUGCUCCAAUUCGAAGCGAUGUCCGUCUCCGGUGGUGGCCAGAACCGCCGCGGCGAGUCCGAUGCCGACGCCGCAGACGCUGAGGCGGUCGCAGUCGGUGGAGAGGAGGAGAGCGGUCACUCCCCGGCCUAAUUCGUUGGAUUUGAGAGGCGGCAAUGGAGCUGCCGGCGGCGGAGAAAUGUCGGCGGCUCAGAAGCUGCUGGUGACUUCGACGAGGAGCUUAUCGGUUUCGUUUCAGGGGGAGUCGUACUCGCUUCAGGUCAGUAAAGCGAAGCAGGCGCCGUCUCCGGCUGCGAGGAAGGCCACGCCGGAGAGGAGGAAGGCUUCGACGCCGGCGAGGCCGGGUCAGAGCGAGAAUUCGAGGCCGAUGGAGCAGUACCGGUGGCCGGCGAGGUUGAGGCCGGACACGUGUAUGACUAAGAGCUUGGAUUGUACAGUGGAGAGGAAAAAGGUGAAUGGAUCUGGCUCCAAUGUGGUUAGGGCUUUACAAAAUUCACUGGGGAAUGAUCUCGGUGGAAGAUUGAGGUCUAGUUCUUGUAAUUUGGGUUCUUUGAAAGCUACUGAGUCUGUUGAUGAAGCUAAUUCAGUCAGAGUUACACAGUCUGAAGCUGUGGCAUCUUCUGAUACUGACAGUAUGUCCUCUGGUAGCUCCAAUUCGGGGCCUCACGAGCUCGGUGGAGGCGGUGGUGCUGCCGGACAGGCGCCGCGGCCCAGAGGGAUAGUGGUGCCGGCGAGGUUUUGGCAAGAGACUAACAAUCUCUUGCGCAGGCAGUCCGAUUAUAAGGCUAAUGGAGCAAGAGCUGUGGCCUCUACUAAGGUUAAUGAGUCCAAUAGGUUAUCUGCUGAUAGUCCUGUGUCGUCUCCGCGAGGUGUUGUGAAUAGCAGGGGCCAGUUUUCCCCAAUUCGUGGAGCUGCUAGGCCUGCGUCGCCGAGUAAGCUCAGCAGACCUGCAUCUCCGAGUAAGCUCAGCAGGCCUGCGUCGCCGAGUAAGCUCAGCCGGCCGGCAUCUGUAUCGUCUCCUAUGAGGGGAGCCAGCCCUUCGCGAGUAAGGAAUGGAGGAUCAGCUAUACCGAAUAGUAAUUUGAGCAAUGUGCCUUCGGUUUUAAGUUUUGCUGCUGAUGUUCGGAGAGGGAGGGUUGGGGAGGUUCAGAUAGAUGAAGCACAUGCGGUGAGGCUCUUACAUAACCGGCUGUUGCAGUGGCGUUUUGUAAAUGCUAGAGCUAAUACUGCACUAGCUGCACAGAGGUCCAAUGCAGAGAGAAGUUUAUACAAUGCGCGAGUAACAACUUCAAAACUCCGAGAAUCUGUUAGAGCCAAAAGAACUGAGCUACAACUACUGAGGCAAAAUUUGAAGAUAAAAUCCAUCCUCCAGGGACAAAUGAUAUACUUGGAGGAGUGUUCGCUUAUGGAUAGGGAUUACUCUACUUCCUUGUCUGGUGCCAUUGAAGCUUUGAGGGCCAGCACACUCCGCCUUCCAGUGGAUGAUGGAGCAAGGGCAGAUGUCCACAAUGUGAAGGACGCUAUUUCUUCAGCAGUUGAUGUGAUGCAGGCAAUGGCAUCAUCAAUAUGCUUAUUAUCAUCCAAGGUUGGGGAGGUGAACUCUUUGGCGGAUGAACUUGCAAAUGUAAGUGUCAAGGAGCAUGCUUUGCUUGGUCAAUGCAGAGAUCUACUGUCAACAGUUGCAGCCAUGCAGGUUGAGGAAUGUAGCCUGAGAACACAUAUUCUACAACAAGAACGUGUACCUUCAAGCCUCACAGCAGAAGUGUAAAGCUAUAUGGUAUGACUGCCUAAAAAGCUAACAUCUCAUCACAUCAGAUUCUUUUUCCUUUAUUCAUUUUUACCUUCAAAUCCGCAAAGAAGCUGAAGGGAUAACAAGAGGAUUGAAUUGGUUGGUCUUGGUGGUGGCUUAUGAAAACAGCAGUGCGCUUAACUUAGGCCCUUGUUUCACGGUACGGGGAACAACCGAACAACUUUAGGUAGCAGGAAAUUGUGUAGUCGAACAUCAGAUUAAUUUGUAUACCUCUACUUCUUUCAUACGUCUGGAAUAUAUAUGUAAAUAGUAGCGAUGUUUUAGUAUGGUCCAAUAGUUUAUGUAAGUUAUGUUUAUGUGGGUGAUGGAAUACAAUUUACCAUGUUAAUCUGUUUUCAUCGAA